AUGCCGAUAGUACUGACCCUCCCAGCACAGCGAGCGCUGUACGCCUCGCCCCGAAUCUGCCUCGGUCAACCGUUGACCCAGGCACGGCGAUUCACAAAAUCAUGCUCCCUCACAUAUCCUACAACGCCUGCUCCAACGCCCGCUGCAUCCGAUACCGAGUUUGACGCCCUGGUUGUCGGAGCCGGCGCCGGCGGCGUGACAGCUGCUUCUCUACUGGCCAAAAAUGGCUAUCGCACUCUGAUGGUGGAAGCGAAAGAACGCAUCGGGGGCCGCGCAUCUACGCGCCUGGUUGACGGGUUUCUCAUCAACACGGGAGCUUUCGCCAUCGAGUUAGACGGGGCAGUGGCCAAGACGUACGACGAUGUCGGGCUCUCUCUGCGACUGCAUGAAACCGAAAGGGCCUCCACAGUCCUGCGUUUCGGCGGACGCGAUCUUAGUCUCGCUGAUGGCCCGGUUGGUGCUCUCCGUAAUAUCGCCCCCAUAGCCAUGGCCUCGAUGUCUCGGAUGCUCCCCUUCCUGCGCCCGAAAAAGGACGAAUCAACUCGGUCGUGGCUCAACAAAUUCACACGCAGCUCAACCAUCCAUGGCAUUGUCGACAACGUCCUCGGCGCCAUGUUUGCUGCCAGAGGCGACGAUAUUCCAGCCGAAGUCUUGCUUCAUUAUUUCGCCAAGGAUACAUCCUUCAAAAAAAUUGGUUUCCCCCCGGGCGGGACAAUCGAAAUAUGGAAACCUUUGGCCAACUAUGUCGAGAGCACCGGUGGUCAAGUCUGGCUCAAUUCCACAGCAUCGAAGCUCAUCUUUGGACCCGACGGUCUGGUGACGGGUGCCCUAAUCCAGCGAAAGGACGGGUCACAAGUCCAGGUCUCCUCCAAAGUGACCGUGAGUAACAUCGGGCCUCUGGGGACGGUUCAGCUCGCCAGCCGCGACAACUUUCCCAAAGGCUAUGCCGACAGGAUAGAGUGUUGGAAUGACCCUGCAGCCAUCAUCACCGUUCACUUUGCCAGUCAAAAACCUCUCGCUUCGUUUCCUUUCCUCGCUCUCAUUGGAAAAGCUCGCCGCAUGGUCUACGCAGGAAACUUCAGUGCUCCUGAGCUUCAGCGUGCUCCGAAGGGAUGGUAUCUGUAUUGCGGUGCUUCCGUCCCCAUUCCUGCGAGAGGCCAGUUCGAUGUGGAGAAGGAAACAGCAUUGCUCUUCGAGGAUUUACGUGAUCAAUUCCCGGGCUUUGAUGAGGCCAAAAUCUUGGCUGUCGAUGUCACUGCCCAUGAGUGGCCUGCGCAACGUGCUGUGUCCGGUUUCGAUGAGUCUCAAACCACUCCUGUAGCAAAUCUUUUUAACGUUGGGGAUGGUGUGAAGCCUUGGGCUUCUGGAGGUACUGCUGCCUGCGCUCAGUCUGCUCGGAUUGUUACUGAGAAAAUUACUAAGAUGUAUCCCCUGUAA